GUUAAUUUUUGUCAUUCCUCUCGACUAGUUUUCUAGAGUAACACGAGAUAUUUCAAAAUGAAACUUUUAAUGUUCGAUAAAUCACUAGGACUAUUGCGGCAAAAGAAACAGAGGUCAGUGUGGAAGAGUACAUUUUUUUUAAUUGUGAGUGUUGGAUUAGUCUGUUUAAUUUAUCCAAUUAAUACUUCAGCGGCUGUUGUCGACACUACGCGAAACGAUGUGGCAGCAAACAAAUGUACAGGUAACGCAUGCACCGCAGAACAAACAGAAACCGCCGCACGAAUCUUAAGAUACCAUGAUGCCAGUAUCAAGCCAUGUGACAAUUUUUACCGAUUCGCAUGCGGUAAUUACAAAAAAACUGAUAAAUCUAACAAUUACGAUUAUCUUGAAUCACAAAAACAUGAUUAUCUUGAAAAGUUGAUUCGAAAAGGAAUCUCUUCAGACUUCAAACCCUACAAACUUAUCGACGACAUUUACAAAUCAUGCAUCAAUGACAAUGCCAAAGGGCCACAAGCUCUAGAUCUUUUAAAACGUACGAUGAAAAAAUUAGGCAAUUGGCCUAUUUUAGAAGCUAACUGGAAAGAGUCCACUUUCAACUGGAUUGAUUUCACCGGUGAUGCUAAAAAAAAUGGUUACAAUAUCAAUUAUUUUAUAGAUUGGACACCAAAGCCUAUAUAUAGUGGUUCACGUAGAAGUUUAAGAUAUACUGUUACGAUGGCUGAUACUCAUUUCGAUCCCUCUAUGCCCGAGAAAACUACCUCGCAAAAAAGAGCUUAUUCUGAUUACAUGGUAAAAGUAGCACGACUCCUUGGAGCGAAUAGUGGUGACUUGGCAAAGGACAUGAAAGACGUAUACGAUUUUGAAGAACAAUUAUCAAAAAUAAAUGUCGGGGACCAUCCUUACCAGACAGCUAAUUUCACUAUUGCAGAGUUACAGAAGCAAUGGCCGAGCAUUGAGUGGAAGCGAUUUGUUGAUAAAACCCUUAUUCCCUUCGUGGAUGCUAAUGAAAAGCCUAUUUUAACUGUUUGGAACUCUACCACUUUAACUGAACUCACACAACUAAUGAAGAAAACCCCAAAACGCGUGCAAGCAAAUUACGCCAUUUGGAAAAUUGUCCAAUACUCAGCUCCUUAUUUGACUGAAGAAUUUAGGGAAGCGCAUAAAACGUUCCAUGAACAAGUAGGUUAUGUUGGCAUUCCAGCCGAUGAUGAUUGCCUCGAAUUAGCUAAAAAAUACGCAGCAUAUGCCGCCCAAUACUUAUAUUUGGAUCAAUACAAAAGCAAUCAGGCACUCGUCAAAAAUAUUAUUGGGUUUGUUAAAACUGGAAUGAUCAAUUUGAUAAAAGAAUCUAAAGUAUUGGAUGCCAAAGAUAAAAAUAAAGGAAUAAAAACUAUUACAGAAAUGCCAUUUACUAUCGGGCCGUCGGAAAAAUUAUCUGACCGAAAAGAACUGGAAAAAUUCUACGCAAAUGCACAAGUUGUCAAAGAUAACUUUUUGCAGACAAUCUUGAACUUGAAUUUAUUUAAAAUGAAAAAUGACUUCAGCAUUAAAAUACAAUUAGAAAUCGCUCCAUACGGCGUUUCUCUAUUAGAUAACUCGGCACUUCCGGAAGUAUUUGAUGGUCGCCUAAUUCACAUACCAGCUUCAAUGAUUCCCAGCCCAUUGUUUAACGAAAAUCGUCCAAUGUACAUGAAUUACGGUUCGAGUGCGUCCUACAUCGCAAUUAAUAUCGCUGAUGCUUUGUCUGAUCUCGGAAGAGGUCGACAAAAAGAUGGAACCCUACUUCCAAAUGACCAACUCGAUUGUUUCCGCCGUCAUUAUGAGGAUUUAUCUGACGAGACAAAGAAGAAUAAUCUUCGUCGUAAUAAAUUCGAAGAGGAUUUGAUUCUCCAAUAUAUCGGAUUUCGGACAUCUCGGAAUUCUUACAAAACUUAUGUGGCCCAACAUGGCAGUGAAAAACCUCUUCCAGGAUUAUCAUAUUCUCCGGAGCAGUUAUUUUGGAUAUCUUUCGCACAAUCGUAUUGUUCCACAUAUGCAGAUUUGGCCGAAAUCCGUUAUCUUAAUAACAAUCAGUACAGUGCUCCUGAUUACUUGCAGAUGAAAAUUUUAUCAAAUGUACCUGAAUUUUCAUCAGAUUUUCAAUGCCCUGUGGGUUCUAAUUUGAACCCUGCAAAAAAAUGUACCUGGUGGUAAUUUCUAUGAACUUUUUAUUUCCAAAUUUUGAAAUAUUUUGCCCGGUUUGGAAAAUUAGAUCUGUUUCAAAAUAAAUGAUGAAUUAAAAUGUUUUUGAUUUAA